CGACAAAAUGUCUACAAACGGCGAAAGCCCAGCGCCUGAAGCAGCUGGCGACUCGAGAGAUCCCAGCGGCUUCCUUAGCGACAUCAUUGGAGCUCCUGUUACCGUCAAGCUGAACUCCGGCAUCAUCUACAAGGGCGACCUUCAGUCUGUCGAUGGCUAUAUGAACAUUGCCCUCGAACGAUGCAAGGAAGUUUCUGACGGUCGGGUCACGCGCAACUGGGGCGAUGCUUUUGUUCGUGGCAACAACGUUACAUAUAUUUGCGCCGACAAUGCGUGAGGCCGAGGCGUGAGGUCUGAAUCAACAAGAAGCCUCUACCCAUGUGCCUUGAGUGAUGACCGAUGAGGCAUCAUAGCGCUCAAGCCAGCGCACAUGAUAGCUUCGACAAGCGUAAUUGCUCCGAUAUCUGCGAUUCAAGAGAUAUGGUUGUAGCUAUAUCCCGAUCUCUGAGACUACUGAAGCCAAUUCACACCUUUGUCUGCCCAUUCACCUCACUUGGUGAAUCCAUACUAGUCACAUAGCAAUGUCAGUGAAGGCUCUACAUGCCCCUCUUCCGUCUUACCGUUUAUCUGUAUUUACUGUUUUCGCACUCACCGUGUUUGCCCUUCACCGCAUUCACUCCUACUCAGCGCUUUGCCGCGCACCAGCCAAUGGUACAGCUCGCAUAUGCUCACCCAGUGCGAGUUUGGCAAUAUCACCUUCAACUUUAC